AUGGACUCGCCCAGGCAGCCGCCCCAGGAGGCGUCCCCCUCGUCGGUGUCCGCGGGCGUGCGGUACUCGCGCCACGAGGGUGCUCCCAGGGCCGCCCCGGUGGCGCAGCCGGGCCAGGAGACGAUGAGCGGUGGGUGCGGGGCCCCCGUGCUCGCCAUCAUUCUGGGACUCAAGGGCCUCGUCGUCAUCGUCCUCAGCGCCGUCGCGCUCGCCGGCUCUCACUGGCUAUCGCCGGACCUCGCCGGGGCCAUGCUGUCCCCCGGUAUCAUAUCUGGACCCGCGAGAAUCGACAACGCGGGGCUGUGGUGGGCCUGCUACCGCAACCCGAGCGACGAGCUGCGCGUGGUGGUUGCGCAGGCCGACGAGGACGCGGCCACCGCACGCGGGGACUCGAGCCCCGUCAGCGGCGUCUCCGAGCAGGAAAUCGAGCGCCUCGUCACCGUAGGAGACGAGCUCCGCCGGAUCCUCGAGGACGCCCCGCGCUGGUGCUCGAGCAACGUUGGCACGGCGUACGAGCUGCUUCCGGACGGGGACGAUGUCUGGGCGCGCGUGCAGGCUGCGCGCGUGCUCGCGGCCGUCGCCACGGGCUGCGCGGCGCUCGCGACGCUCGUGCUCUGCAUCAGCGCCGUCGCCGCCGACCGCGCCGCCCUCCAGGCGUGGGGGGGGAGUGUUGCCACGAAGGAGGGCCAAGUCGCACCGGAGCCUGACGUGGAGGGCCAGGCGCUAACGUCCACCUCCGAGGCGGCGGCGAUGAUGCCGCCGGGCAGCCAGGCGGCCAAUCCUGCCGGAGCUGCGUUGGCCACGACUGCGGCGUCCUCCCACGGCAAGCCUGCGUUUGCCUUUGGGCGGCCUCGGAGCAUGGCGACGUUCAGGAACGCGUGGUUCGCGGGAACCAUGUUCCUGCUGACGUAUGUGCUGUGCGCCGUGGCGACGCUGGGCCUGUGGGUGUCGAUCUACGAGGACGCCGGCAGCGGCGCGAGCGGCCUCGCCCGGCCCGUCAUCUGGAUCGGUUGGUGCUUCUGGGUCUGGAUUGGAGGCAUCGGCGCCUCUCUUCCCUGGAUCACCAUCGUCCUGGCCAUGCCGUGCCUGCGGCUGCGCGGCGCGUGA